CCCAAAUUUUUUUCCCACCCCUUACAUACAUUUACAAAUAUGAAACAAUGUUGGAUGUUGAAUGUCUCUUUUACUUGUAAGAGGAUCCUCCUAUUUACAAUAGCAGCAGGAAAAAAGUCCCGCUCAAAUGUUGUAUCAACCGUCCGUGCAUGAUUUCAGCACGAUCUCCCUCAGAGUGUCUAGACGCUACUAUCUCGCCACCAGUUUCUUCUAGGAUAAGGUUUUAGCAUGUUUCCCUCAAAUUGGAGACCUACCCUCUCAGCCUUGCGACACACAAAUUCUUCUUUCGAUCCUCAUCAUGCACUACCACAAGAACAGAGACAAUAUUGAUAAAGGGAUAAUGAUGCAAAGAGGACGGAUGGUAGGACCAGACUAGGGUUUCGACAGAUGCAAUUCCCUCUAUUGUGCAAUUCCCCAAUUUGGCAGGAUCAGGCUAGGGUUUCGCUCAAAUGUUUCGCCUCUUUAGUAAGACUCACUAGAAGGCUAUGGCUCAUAACUGCCUUUGAUUUAGUCCUAAUCUCAUCAUAAGGUAAAAUAUUUCCAUUACACUUUUUCUCUGUUGAAUUUUUGAACUACAUACUAGAAAAUUUUAGGUUCAUUUUUGUGUCGAACUCUUUAAUUUUUCCAUAAAUAAUGUAGGAGGAUGUAGCUACCCUUUAUUCUGAUGCAAUCUCUUCCCCAUUCAAAACUCAUAUACAUGGAAGGUGUCGACUUACACUUUUGAAAUAUAUCAAACCGAGACUAGAAAAAGGCUUCACACGUUAUUGAAUGCUUUUGGCAUUUACGUUUGAGAUAUUUCUUUCUUUUUUGCUAACUUGGUUUUAUCCGUGCAGAUAUUUGCAAUAUGAAGGGUGGUGAGUUUAUUUAGCUAACUUAUUUGAACUCACUUAAGGCAAUAUUUCUAUUCUCACUUUUUUACAAAAUAUGAAAAGAUUAAUCUAUUAUAAAUUUAAGGAUAUAGGCAGCUAACUUAUUUAAUGUACAGAAAAAUUGAACUCACUAUUUAAUUCUGAUAAAACCAAUAUCAGAAUAGAAAUCAGUUAGCUCACUAUUUAAUCUAUUAGAAAUCAGUUUUUGCUUCACAAGAAAAGCGUUGCUAGAUAUUUUCAAUAUGAAUGGUGGUGAGUUUCAAUGGGUGGUUUUCAAUGGUGAGUUUAUAAUUGUUUAUGACUGCACCGUGAGAUUUCCUCCAUAAAUCAUCUCUAAUAUAGGAUAAAAUACACAAUAUUGUUCUAAAGAGAAAUUUAAUGUUGAAGAUGCAAAAAUUUGAAACCCAUAAAUAGUAUUGUUUGAAUUUCAUGGUACUUGAAGAUUUUUUUUUAAGUUGAAAAAGAACAAAUGAUGCUUAAAUAACAGUUGUAUUUCCUUUUUACCCUGGUGAAAGUUGUUUUUCAUGUUUGUAUAUGUUAUCUUUUUGGAGCUAUCAUUUCUACCAAUCUAAUGAUCUUAUCAUUUUUGUCUAAAUGCAUUAUCUAUUAAUCUUAUGUGCACUGCUUUGGGUGCUAUAGAACAGAAAGAAAAACUUCAAAAAGUGAAACCUCAACUAAAUAAGCUGCUCCCAGGCAUAGAAUGCCAAAUUGGAAGACAGCUUCUAGAAUUUGAGGUGGCCUCUUUGGCUGUUUAUUUAACCAUUUGUCUCUCAUGAACUGGGCUUUUUUUAAUUCCAAUUUUUUAUCUCCUUCAUAAAUAGAGAAUAAAUUUUUUCCUUUUUUAUAUGGGUUGGUGUUGUGAGUUUGGAGCUUCGUUAGACCUUUAGAUUCAUCCCGGAUGUGGAAUUUCAAUAACGACUCUAAAUUGUUGAGUCUAACAGUCUAGCCUUGCCAUUGAUGGUUGCCUACUUUAGAGAGCUGCCAAAGAAGUUAUAAUAAUCUUUUGAUGGAUGCCACUAUUUUGUUUAAUGCAUGCUAUGGAGGAACAACUGCUUAGUAAAAGUGUGUGGAUUGUGUGCAUUGGGUUGAAAGCAGCUAUUGGGAUGGAUGCUAUGAUAUGGCUGUAUGCACUGGUAAACAUAGAGUACGAUGGAUUGUCUUCAACACAGAUGGCACACUUUAUAUAGAUAGUAGUGUGGUGGGAAAAAAUCUCACACCACUGAUGGCAGGUUCAGGAGUUGCUUAAGGGAUUAAAUGGCGCAGAGACAUUUCCUAGAAAAUUGCUGGAGUUGAAACCUAUGAAAUGGAGAAUGGUGAUUGUAGCUACUUCUGCUGCUUGCUGCCUGCGAUGCUAUUUGGAAAUGGAGAAAUGCUAAGAUACAUGGAAAAGCUGAGCUUAAUGCCAAUGAAUGUAUUGGUUGGAUCAAAUGGCAAGUUAACACAUACAAUAGUAGCUAGAAAGAGUAUGGUUUAAUGUUUUGUUUGGUGUUGUUUGUAUUGACAUUUUCUAAAGUUAAUAUGGUUUGCGUUUCGGUUAAAAAAAAUGUUUUCGUCUCACGUGCUCCAGAUCCGUCCGCCAUCUCCUGACCUGCUCUCUGUGAAAUCCCUAGAAGACCUCCUCUUCAAUAGCCUCCUCUCGGGCAAAAACGACGACUCAGAUGAAGAAGAAGAAGAAGAUGAUGAAGGUGGCGUUGAAUCGACCCAAAAGUCCCAGGUGGCGAAGGAAAAAUCGAGGCUUGAGAAAGAGAUCAUCCGCACUAUUCACAGCGGCAAUUUGGACUCUCUCAAACCCAACUCCGGUCAGGCUGCGUCAAUAGGCGAGCACCACAUUUGCGUCGGGUUUCAUGAGGACUCUGAGUCGAAUUACCGGGUCUGGGAGUGGCACGGUCAUAUCAUGCUGUUUGAUGAGGAAAAUGGGUACACUCCUGAGUAUAUAUAUGGGAACUAUUUUGAGAGAGUUAGUGCUAAGCCGGUAAUGAAGAAAAAGCAGUCUGAAGAAGAGAGGCUGGAGAUGAAAGUGGAGAAGGUCGGAAACUUGGGGCUGAGGGAGUUGAUAGAGACAGUCGAGUCAAAUAGUGAGGCUCGGGUGCUAAGGAGGAAUAUGAAUGCAGGCUCUCCAAACUUUCUAUCAGGCACGCCUUUCCCUUUGUCUUUUGUCAUUAUUAUUACAGUAUGAUAGAUAUAUUCUUUUAACUUUUAUGGCGCUGCUUCUAAGUUAAGUGUUUAUGAGUAUUUGCAAUUUGGGGCUCACUUUGCAGUGAAGU